AUGCUCAAUAAUAAAAAUAAAUCAGGGAAUUCUACUCCUAAUACUUCAACUUCAACCAAAAAUGAUGUUAUAAUAUCAAAAAAAAAUACUCCAGUAAAUAAUCCUAAUUCGAAUAAUAAUUAUUUAACACAGCAGUCGAGCGCUUUUAGUCCUACAAUUACAGCUGUCUCUUCUAGUUCUGCUGCUACACCAUCUUCUUAUAAUUCUUAUUCUCAACAACAACAAUUUUUUGCUAAACUACAAGCUACUCAAUCUCCAACCAC